AAUUCCAUGCUGAUGUUGGAAUUGUUAAAAAAAAAAUAUGUAAUCAAAAGUGAUAAGAAACGUUCUCACUUUGUUGAAGUAUCUUGGAAAUUGCGAAAGCAGUUUCUGUGAGCAGGAAAAUUAAAGAGUGCACGCGUUAAUAUAUAUGUGUGUGGCUAUGUUUGUGCAUUUCGGUUUUGAAUGCGUGUGGCUGUGCAAAUGGAGCAAACUCGCUGGCGUUGAUCGACAGUGGAUUUGGUAAAAAAGAAAAGGCAUAGCGCCAAGAAAUUGAGAGAGAAAGAGUAGUCGGACAAUUGCGAAUAAGCAAUAAGCAGAAGUGAAGUGAGCGUAGUUGAGAAAAAACGAAAAAUGAGUCCAAGGCGACCUAAAAAACAAUUUCUAUGAAAAAGUGGUUUUUCUAGAAAUAAAUUUCCAACAUCGUCCAGCGCAACAAUAACAAUAUAUAGCAGUGGUAGCGGAAAUACUCUCGUGAGUUGAAUUUUACUGAUCGCGAGCAAAAAAUCGACACACAGUACAACUCGUAACUGUGCCCUGUACACCCUGUGAGUGGAGUGGCGUACAUGUAAUAAUAGUCCAAAGAAAAAGCCAACGUGAGAGUAAUUUGUUUUCGUGUUGAUUUUUGUUUGCUUUGCCGAUUAUUGCAAAUUCUCUUCGCGCUCAAAAGUGAAAGAAAGAAAAAAAAAUUUAAACUAAAAACAUCAACAACACUAUUUGCCGUUUAGCAAUAUAGCAGAGAUACAGCGAAACUAACAACUACAUGUAAAACGUGAAUUUAAUUGAAUACGCGGAGUAGCAGCAUCUCACCAGCGGCAGUAACAGCAAGACUAGUACAAGAGAAAUACCAACAAAACUUCCGAUACGACGAUAUAUAUAUAUAUAAUUUGCAUUAGCUUUUGUGGAGCGCGCGCCCAUGAGUGUAAAGAAGUUGUUGUUUGUAUUGGAGUAAAAAAAAAAAGCGUUUGGUGUUGAUUCUUUUUUCCUUUUAAUAUUCUUGUUGUCGUCGUCUCUUGACCCAUAUUGGAUUAAUAUUCCAAAGCAAUUACAACCGUUUUUUGCAAUAAGCUAAAUUAGAAUAUAUAUUUUGAGAAAAUUAUUACGCAAAUUGAAAAUUUCAACACUCGAAACUAGUUUUCUGCAAAGGGUUAACCGCCGAAGGGUGUCAUUGAACUGAUAAUUUAAUUUGUAAUUUUUUUCUGACGUGCGUUCGUAAAUAAAUAAAAAAGCCGCUUUAAUGAUGUCGUCUGAUCAACAAUUUUUCCUAAAAUGGAACGAUUUCCAAACGAAUAUGGUGACCUCGUUCCGGCAUCUGAGGGACGAGAAAAGUUUUACAGAUGUAACACUUGCCUGCGAAGGACAAACUUGCAAAGCGCACAAAAUGGUACUCUCCGCAUGUAGUCCGUAUUUCAAAGCACUCUUAGAGGAGAAUCCUUCAAAACAUCCAAUCAUCAUAUUGAAAGACGUCUCCUACAUACAUCUGCAAGCUAUAUUAGAAUUUAUGUACGCCGGCGAAGUAAAUGUCUCUCAAGAACAAUUGCCGGCCUUUUUAAAAACUGCUGACCGCCUCAAGGUGAAAGGUUUGGCAGAAACUCCCAGUUCCAUAAAACGGGAAGGUUGAUGGUGGUAAAUAAUAAAUAAUUAAAUAAAACAAAAUGCGACUAUAUAUACACGUAUAAAUAAUAAUAUUAAAAAAAAAAAACAAAAUAGGUAAACAAACUAUGCCUACAACUCUAUAUAUGUAUGUAUAAGAAAUGAUUUAUGAUAAAUUUAAAUGAAUCUACAUAAAACUUAACUGGUUUAAAUUUAAUUAUUUUAAAUGCGUAACAGAUCAUUUCUAACUUCUAUUUGAUAAUUUAGUAAGCUGCUAAAAAAUAAAUAAAAAUACCACAGUGCACACACACGCAUAUACACAUUAUAUUAUGUAAUGACCUACUUGCAUUCAUCUUUGUCUUAAUUUAUAUUUACGACAAUUAUGGUUGAGUGGAAAGGAUAAGACGUAUUCCAAACGGUUUAUAUAUAUAUUUACUUUUAGUAGAUUUUAAUUUAAAACUAUCCUAUAAUAAACACAGCACUACUUAACAUUUUUCGUUAUUAAUACGCAUAAAUUCAAAAUUUCAAAUUACUCUAACCAAUUCAAUCGCCUUUACUUCAUUUAUAUAUAAAAAAAAAAUUUGUCAAACAUUUGUACUUUUUAUGUGUAAUUAUUUUCUUAUAUAGACUUAUUUAUGUAUGUUUCUUAAAAGCACAUUUGACUUCAAUAAAAAUAAAAAUUAAAAAAAAAAAAUACAAGAACGCACUAAAUACCAUUAAUAGGCGAGUAAGUGAAAUUUUGUAGUAUAUAAAAUAAUGAUAAAAUAAAUAUAAUCGAUACUGUAGAAUGCUAUAUAAAUCGAUUUGAAAAUUUGUAAAAAGGCAAAUGAUUAAACGGGGUGAAUAAAAAAAUAAAUAAAAAUAAAAUAAAAUAAAAUAUAAAAUGCUAAGAAUGGGAAUGUACCUCCUGUUUUAUAUUAUAAGUAUAUAGUAAGCUACCUAUUUAGAGUUGCAAUUAUUCGUAUAUUUAUACCAUAUACAUACAUAUAUACAAUUAAUUAAUAAUAUAGACAGACCAACAGAAUUGGUGAGCGCUAGGUCAUGGCAGCAAAAGAGAAUUAGACGCAUUUGCAAAUAAAUAAUAAAAGAUUAAGGAUUUGUUUUCAUUUCAGUGGUUUGCGUUUGCGUGGCAAAAUUAUAUAAAUUAUACAAUUUAGUCUGUCUAAAUUUUGAAAAAUCAAAUUUGAAGAGCGUAUCACACUAUUUUCCAAACUUGUAUACGAAUUUCAAAGUAGUUCAGUGUUGCAUAUGUAUGUAUAUGCACUACUGCAUGAACCGAACGCUUUAACUGUAGCACUUUCGCUAAGGAAAUUAUUUUGCCCUUUAUAAAAUUAAUUUAAAUAGACAGAGAAAAGUUAUUUACGAGUUAGAAUCAGAACAAUGUUUAAGAAAAAAUGUUAUUUAUUUAAAAAUCCCAUCUGAUUUGUCAUAUAAAACUAUUGAAAUCUUAAUUCCAUUUACGCUAAGCUCUUUGCUAUCAACUUAUCGAAAGUGCUAUGUACAUACAUAACUUUUCUAUGCAACCCAAAUUGCUUCCAAAAUACUACAUACGUUCAUUUUCUGAAAAAAAAAAUAAAAUAAUAAUAAUGAAAACAUAUAGCAUAACAUACAACAAAUAUGACCCUAUAGCUUUUGUAAUAUAAUAAAUAGUUCAAGUAAUAUAAAAAUGUAUUGAUGAUUUGUUUUGUGUUCAGCGUAUUAUGUUUGCGCUUUAAUUUGAUUUCGACGUAGCAUCCCAUACAGCUACAUUCAUAUGUAUAUGUGAAUACCUUUUUGCAUAAAUAUGGGUAUUAUUCAUACACAAUUCUGCAUCUCCUAAUUUUGUUUGAUGUUUUUUUUUUGAACAAAAACAAUGGUGUGG